AACCUGUCUUUUGCGGAUUGCUGGCGUGCGACGUUUAUGUUUGGCUUAGCCGAGACCACGACAACAAUCAUCGGAGCCUAGGUAGUCUCCGGUACUCCACGUCAUGUCUCAAUCACUGCGUCCCUACCUUCAAUGCGUUCGAUCUUCUCUGACCGCGGCGCUUGCGAUAUCCAACUUCGCGUCGCAGACGGCUGAGAGGCACAAUGUCCCGGAGAUUGAAGCCGCCAGCUCGCCUGAAGUCCUCCUGAACCCCCUGACGAUUUCUCGCAAUGAGAACGAGAAGGUUCUCAUUGAACCGAGUGUCAACAGUGUCCGUGUCAGCAUCCGAAUAAAGCAGGCCGAUGAGAUUGAGCACAUUCUCGUUCAUAAAUUCACUCGAUUCCUGACGCAACGAGCGGAAUCCUUCUUCAUUCUGCGGAGGAAGCCAGUCAAGGGCUAUGACAUCUCCUUCCUUAUCACCAACUUCCACACAGAGUCUAUGUUAAAACAUAAACUAGUCGAUUUCGUCAUUGAGUUCCAAGAGGAGGUGGAUAAGGAAAUCUCAGAGAUGAAGCUCUUCCUGAACGCUCGUGCUCGUUUCGUUGCAGAGUCUUUCCUGACACCGUUUGACUAAAUAGUUUACCUCUGGUUUCCAUGUCGACAAAUUAUGACGGCUUUGACUCUCUUUUCAAGUCUGUACAGAUGCCUUAGGCUAGUAACGAAGAUCGUACAAUUUCAAAGUUAAAUAAUCUUGUGUUUUCAG